AUGGGCCAUGCGGCUGCGACAGCCUCGUCGCGCAAGCGCGUCACUUCCAACGAGGCCAUUGCGUUGGAAGAGCAGUACAGCGCACAUAAUUACCACUCAUUUCCCGUCGUAGUGGAUCGCGCAAAAGGUACGCGCGUAUGGGAUGCAGAGGGUCGUGAGUACCUUGAUUUCCUCUCUGCAUACUCUGCGGUGAACCAGGGCCACGGCCAUCCUGCGAUUGUCGGCGCGCUCAUUGCCCAGUCGCAAAAACUUGCUUUGUCCUCGCGAGCGUUCUACAACUCUGUGUUCGGGCAGUAUGCACAAAAGAUUACCGAAAUGCUCCAGUACGACAUGGUGCUUCCUAUGAAUACCGGCGCAGAAGCAGUCGAGACCGCAAUGAAGCUCGCGCGCAAGUGGGCCUACCAAAAAAAGGGCGUGCCGCAAGACCGCGCACGUAUCUUGGGCGCAAGCGGCAACUUUCAUGGGCGCACACUGGGUGCGAUUAGUAUGAGCACGGACCCUAGUAGCCGCGACGGAUUUGGUCCUUUCGUCGACCGUAUCGGCGCAGUACACGGCGACGUGUCCAUCCGGUUCAACAAUGUAGAGGACCUUGAAAAAGCGCUCCAUACAUUUGGUAAAGAGACGGCUGCUGUUAUGCUUGAACCUAUACAGGGCGAGGCCGGUAUUGUUGUGCCGGACGACGACUAUUUUCGUUGCGUAGCGGGCCUGUGCAAGAAACACAAUGUGCUGCUUAUCUGCGACGAGAUCCAGACGGGGCUCGGUCGCACUGGGAAAAUGAUGUGCUACAUGCACUACGGCAUCCGCCCUGACAUUGUGACUCUCGGAAAGGCGCUUAGUGGCGGUGUUUAUCCCGUAAGUGCCGUUCUCGCGGACAAAGAUGUUAUGCUUUGCAUCGCACCUGGCGAGCAUGGCAGCACUUUUGGUGGAAACCCCCUUGCGUGUGCCGUCGCCAUGGCCGCGCUCGAUGUGCUGGUCAACGAGGAGCUCCCAGGACGUGCGGAGCGUAUGGGAGAAGUGAUGCGUGAGAAGCUUAAGCAGAUCAAGAACCCGCUCCUCGCCGAGGUCCGCGGUAAAGGCCUCAUGAAUGCGAUUGUGAUUGACGAGUCCAAGAGCAGUAAGAAACGCACCGCGUGGGAUCUUUGCCUGCUUCUCAAAAAUCACGGCAUUCUCGCGAAGCCGACGCACCAAAAUAUCAUCCGCCUUACUCCCCCGCUCGUCAUCACCGAGGAGGAGCUCGAGCGCGGUGUACAGGCAAUUCGCACGUCCCUCGACCUGCUAGACCAGGUGGAGGACAUCCCAGGCGCGGCGUCUGCUGAGUAA